AUGUUCUUCAAGACUGCUUUCGUUGCCUCCGUGGCUGGUCUCGCUGCGGCCCUCCCUCAACGUCGCCAGAAUGGUGGUGGUGUCACCAUUGUCAACAACAUUGGAUCCGACGUCUACGCGUGGUCUGUUUCUGAUAGAGUCGGAAACAUGGAGACCCUUUCUGCGGGCGGCGGAUCCUACACCACCAGCUGGCAAACCAACGACAACGGCGGUGGCAUUUCCAUCAAGCUCUCCACCUCCGAGUCCCAGGCCGACGUCCUGCAGUUCGAGUACACCCAGUCCGGCGACACCAUCUUCUGGGACAUGUCCUCCAUCAACCUGAGCUCGGACUCCGACUUCGUCAAGUACGGCUUCAGCGUCGUUCCCUCCUCGGGUGGCAGCAACUGCCCCACCGUGACCUGCGCUGCUGGCAACUCCAACUGCCAAGAGGCCUACCAGCAGCCCGAUGACAACCACGCUACUCACGGCUGCCCCAUUGACACCACUUUCACCCUGACCCUGGGU